AGCGGCCCGUGCCGGGCGCGGGCAGGGUGGGGCCAGCUGCAGGACGCCUGGCCAACGGCGGCAAGGGAGGCCCUUGCAGCCUGAAGCGUCGCGGGAAGAGCUCUGCCGAGUGGCGGCGUUUGGCGCGAUGUCCGAGGGGGGGACACGAAGCAUGCUGGUAAAGUGCGAGACCAAGAGCAACCGGGUGAAAGGCCUCAGCUUCCACCCGAAGCUCUCCUGGAUCCUUGCCAGCCUGCACAACGGCACCAUCCAGCUCUGGGACUACAGGAUCGGCUCCCUCAUCGACAAGUUCGAGGAGCACGAAGGCGGUCCAGUCCGUGGCGUCUGCUUCCACAUGUCGCAGCCUUUGUUCGUUUCCGGUGGGGACGACUACAAGAUCAAGAUCUGGAACUACCAGCUGCGCCGCUGCAUCUUUACACUGCUGGGGCACCUGGACUACAUCCGCACUGUGGAGUUCCACGACGAGUACCCGUGGGUCCUCAGCGCUUCGGACGACCAGACGAUCCGCAUCUGGAACUGGCAGUCCCGCUCGUGCAUUGCCGUGCUCACAGGGCACAACCACUACGUGAUGUGCGCCCACUUCCAUCCGAAGGAAGACCUGGUCGUCUCCGCGUCGCUGGACCAGACUGUCCGCGUCUGGGACACCUCUGGCCUCCGCGACAAGACGGUCUCCAUCGGUGGAGGGCCGCCCGUGGCCGGCAGCGGCGGCAACGACGUCUUUGGCACCUCGGACGCCGUGGUCAAGUACGUGCUCGAGGGGCACGACCGGGGCGUCAACUGGGCGUCCUUCCACCCCACGCUGCCACUCAUCGUCUCGGGCGCCGACGACCGCCUCAUCAAGCUGUGGAGGAUGAACGAUUCAAAGGCCUGGGAGGUGGAUACCCUGCGGGGACACUUCAACAACGUGUCCUGCGUGAUGUUCCACCCCAAGAAGGAGCUCAUCCUUUCCAACUCCGAGGACCGGACCAUCCGCGUGUGGGACGUCACCAAGCGCACCGGGAUCCACACCUUCCGCCGUGAGAACGACCGCUUUUGGAUCAUCACGGCGCACCGCACCUCCAAUCUCGUCGCGGUUGGGCACGACGCUGGGAUGGUCGUGUUCAAGCUCGACUGCGAACGGCCCCUCUGCAUGGCUCACGGCAACCAGCUAUUCAUGGUGCAGGAGAGGGAUGUGCAUGCCAUCGACCUCGACAAGGGCCUCAAAGGGAACCAGCUGGGCAACUGCCGCCGGCCGCCGAACGCCAUGGUGUCGGGCAUGAAGUCCCUGCAGUACAACGGCUUCAACUCCACGGAGGUCAACGUCCUGGUCUUCUACAGCCAGCCAGAGAACGGCUGCUACGACCUGUUCGUUGGUCCUGGCAACAUCACCGCGGACACAAGCAUUUCCCCGAAACAGGGCAAUGCCCAGGCUGUGUGCUUCACCGCCAGGAACCGCUUCGCGGUGCUUCAGCACAGCGGCUCAAUCGGCAUCUACAACUUGCAGAACGAGCUCUCCAAGAAGUUCGACCCCCCCGUGAGCACGGACUACAUCUUCCCGGGCGGCAGCAACCGCAUCCUGCUGAAGAGCGAGGAGAAGAUUAUUCUCUACGAUCUGACGGCCCGCAAGAUCGUGGACGAGGCCGCUGUGCCAGGUGGAGUGCGCUACGUUAUCUGGUCACAUUCAGGCCAGUAUGUGGCGUUUAUGGCGAAGCACAACGUGCUGAUGUGCGGCAAGAAUCUGGAGGACGGUGUUGCGCGUCCUUGCGCAAAACCGAGGGGCGGCGUGGAGGGGCGGCCGCCGCCGUGGCGGGCGGCGCCAGGUGGAUUGUUUUUUCGGCGCUCGAGGCGCGCUGGCC